CUAGAAGGACCCAAAACCACCUGAGGCCAGGAAAAACAAGAACAAAAAAAACCUCAGAAGGGCGGGUGGCGGAGAUCCAAAUACAAAGGAGAAAUUACGCAACCCCUCUUUUGCCUCUGCGCUUUCUUCUUCCCCCCCGCCUUUUCACCUUCCCUUCUUCUCCAUUUCCCUGGUCUGAAUGAGUCUGUUCGACAGGUUCAGAUCUCAGGCCCCAUCCACUCCGAAAUCAGCGACGAUGCAGAAGAGCCGCUACGACUCCGACCAGUUUUUCCAGGAAACCACCCAGGGUCAGGCAACAACCACCACAAUUCAGAGUCAGACGGCAAUGGCGGAGACGACGAGGACGCAGACGGCCUUGUCCGAGGUGGCGGAGGCGUUCGAGGAGCUGGCGGAUAACUUGAGAAAAUCCAGGAGAAAGAAGAACGCGGAAUCGCCGGAAGAAGUAGAAGGAGAAGAGGUAGCGGAAGAAGAAGAAGAAGAAGAAGGAGAAGGAGAGCUUCGAUUGGAUUCCUUCUGUCAGGCAUGCUCUUUGGUCUCCGUUCUCUUCAGCUGCCUCGGUCUCGCUUUUAAAUUCGCCGAGACAGAGUACGUCGCCAAGGUGCGUGAUCUGGUGGAAGCGUCGAAGACGUUCGAGAAUCUGCAGAAUGUGGUGGAUGUGGAUGCCGCCAACGGGACGGUGAGAACUGCGGGCAGCCAUUCGAGAAACUUGCGCCGAGUUCGUCAAGGUCUCGACCUAAUCAGGGGAAUCUUCGAACAGUUUCUCGCAUCCGACGACAAUUCGUUGAAGGAUGCUGCGACCACAGCUUACGCGCAAAUCUGCGCUCCUUACCACACCUGGGCGAUACGGACCGCGGUUUACGCAGGAAUGUACACGCUUCCUACGCGGGAGCAGCUUCUGGCGAGGCUGGAAGAAGAUGAGCAAUCAGCGGAGAAGAAGAUGAAUCGAUACAUCCAGGCUUCGCUUCCAGUGAUCCAGUACAUCGACAGGCUCUACACUUCCAGGAAUAUCACCUUGGAUUGGUGAACUAACUUCCCAUCCACAAGUUCUUGUGAAUUUUGAAUGGCUGCAGCUAGCUCUCUCCCCUGUUGCUUCAAAAACAGAGCAACUCAAUCCCCUGACCAUUCCGUCGGCCGGCAUUUCGGCAAAUUUGUUGUAUUUUUACUACCUGUAACUGGUUGCAACUUGCAAACCACAUUCUUCACCAUAUUAGACUCUUAAGAUUCUUUUUGUAAACAAAAUCACUUCAAAUCUUUUUGUAGACAAAACCGAUAUCAUAUGUAACUUGUGUGUACAUAAGAACAGUUAGUUGUCUGCAGAGAAAGCAAUAUUUGCAAGGUUGUUUCAAGAGAACUCAGAAAGAAAUGAUUUUUGAAUAGGCUGUCUAUGAAACUCUCAAGAUCAUUUUUAUUGUCAUCUUUAACACAACAGCCGAGUGCGUGUAAGACACC